UCGCUGGGCAACUAGGGGUCCUUCGUAGGACCACCGCUCUAUCCUGGCGUCGGUUGUUGAAGUGGUCGGAAAAGGCUAUUUGUCUGCGUUGGUGAGAAAAAAGACAUCUGGUAAGAUCUUCCCCCUGAUUUGUACUCCAGGAUGAAACACAUUAAAGACGAAGAGGAGGACGUGGCUCCACAACCCCCCAGCAUUAAAGAGGAAGAGGAGGAGCCACAGCCCCCCCACAUUAAAGAGGAAGAGGGAGAGCCACAGCCCCCCCACAUUAAAGAGGAAAAGGAGAGGCCACAGCCCUCCUACAUUAAAGAGGAAAAGGUGGAGCUGCAGCUCCUCAACCUUAAAGAGGAAGAAAAGGAGUCACAACCCACCCACAUUAAAGAAGAAGAGGAGGAUCACAGCAUUAGUCAGGAGGGAGAGCAUCUUGAAGGACUGGAGGAGUUCCCAGUGAUUGUUGUCACUGUGAAGAGUGAAGAUAAUGAAGGUGAAAGUGAGGAGAAGAGAGAGGUGGAGCCUCCAAGCAGCAGCUCAACUCAACACAUGACAACAGAAGCUGAUGGAGACCACUGUGGAGGAUCACAAGCACACAACCUCUUAGCUCCACUAUCAGAUAGUGACGACACAAGGUCACACUCUCCUGACACUGAUGAUGGAGACUCUGAAGCUGAUAUGACAUGUCACACUGACAACACACACUGGAAAUGCUCUCAAUGUGACAAAACUUUUGUUAGCAAGGGAAAUCUGAAAAGACACAGUAGACGUCACACAGGAGAGAAACCUUUCACCUGCUCGGUUUGUGGUGAAUGUUUCUCUUUGCAGUCAAAUUUGAAAGAACACACAAAAACACACACUGGAGAGAAAGCUUUUCCUUGCGCAGUGUGUGGGAAAAAAUUCUCUCGGAGGUCAAAUUUGAAUGCACACACAAAAAUACACACUGGAGAGAAAGCUUUUCCUUGCACAGUGUGUGGGAAAAAAUUCUCUCAGCGGUCAAAUUUGAACGCACACACAAAAACACACACUGGAGAGAAAGCUUUUCCCUGCACAAUAUGUGGUAAAAGAUUCUCUGAGCGGUCAAAUUUGAAAAAACACACAAGAUUACACACAGGAGAGAAACCUUUUUCUUGCACGGUGUGUGGUAAAAGAUUCUCUCAGCAGUCAAAUUUGAAAGAACACUCAAGGAUACACACUGGAGAGAAACUUUUUCGUUGCAAGGUGUGUGGUAAAAGAUUCUCACAGCAGUCAUUUUUGACAGAGCACACAAGAAUACACACUGAAGAGAAACCUUUUCCUUGCACCGUGUGUGGGAAAAGAUUCAGUCGAACAAGUGAUUUAAAGAUACAUACAAGGAUACACACUGAAGAGAAACCUUUUCCUUGUGCAGUGUGUGGUAAAAAAUUCACUCGGCGGUCACAUUUGAAUGUACACACAAAAACACACACUGGAGAGAAAGCGUUUCCCUGCACGGUGUGCGGUACAAGAUUCUCUCAGCGGGGGCAUUUGAAAAAACACACAAGAAUACACACUGGAGAGAAACCUUUUCCUUGCGCAGUGUGUGGUAAAAAAUUCACUCUGCGGUCAAAUUUGAAUGUACACUCAAGAAUACACACUGGGGAGAAACCGUUUCUUUGCACAGUGUGCGGUAAAAGAUUCUGUCAGACAAGUGAUUUAAAAAUGCACACAAGACGACACACGGGAGAGAAACCUUUUUCUUGCACAGUGUGCGGUAAAAGUUUCUUUCAACAAGUUGUUUUAAAAAUACACACAAGAAUACACACUGGAGAGAAACCUUUCACUUGCACAGUGUGUGGUAAAAGUUUCUCUCAAAAAGUUGUUUUAAAAAUACACACAAGAAUACACACUGGGGAGAAACCUUUUCCUUGCGCAGUGUGUGGUAAAAAAUUUACUCGGCGGUCAAAUUUGAAUGUACACACAAAAACACACACUGGAGAGAAAGCUUUUCCCUGCACGGUGUGUGGGAAAAGAUUCUCUCAGCGGUCACAUUUGAAAGAACACACAAGAACCCACACUGGGGAGUAACUUUUAUUGAAAGGACGCAUCCAGCUGGAUUUCAAAGAGCACAAUAAAAGAAUUACUGUAUGAACAAGCAAGGCAGUAUUACUCUUGAACAAAAAAGUUGUGCAAAAGAACAACUUCUAACGUUGCUAACUGACAUGAAAUGUUUGUGUAAUUUUUAUUGUCGUGCAGUAUUGAGAAACAAGACAGAAGACAGCAGUUUGAGGGAGAAUGGGGCUCUGCUCGUUUAUUAAAUCACAAUUAAAUAGGGUUCUGAACGAUAAUGACGUGGAUUACCAGAACUUUCUCCUUAUUUGGAGUUUAGACCUCCUUCCAUCUCCUAGCAGCUGGGCUUUCUGGCAAGAGCAAGGGCCACACUAAAUAAUGAAAGAAAUCAGAAAACAUCAACACUCUUUUUCUCCAAUCACUCGCCAAUGAUCAGUGCAAUGUCAUCUUGGUGUUCUAGUUGUGAUGAAGAGCUUCCUUCGCUGAGACGAGUCGGUGACUCGUCUCAGCGUCUCAGACUCCCCCCUUUCGGCAAGCAUCCAAUUCAGAGUUUGAUCAUUUUGCCAUGCUAUUUUGCGUAAUUGUUCUCCUCGUGCUCAAAGGGCUUCAUUGUUUUUAUUGGGCGUAAUCCAGAGAAAUAUGUACUCCAGACCGGCCUUAAUUUCACUUCUAGCUUUGAAUUCCUCAGAAAUUCCUCUUGGUUGUCCUGUUGUGUAUAGAUAGACACGGGAGUCUGGUACAUAUGAUCUUUUAAAACUAGUGUUACCUGUUCCACCUUGCGUUUUGAGUAUCUCCCUUGCACCUUUUGUACGUUACUUGAACUGGGACUUUCAUCUUCACCAAUGUAGGUAGGCCAAUCCAUAGCUGAUGAAGAACAUUACGCACUAUGUCAUCACCGCACAUCCAAUACCUAUCAGCUACUGCCGUAGAAUGCACGGGCAAGCCCUGGUUAUCGGGUAUUGUCAUUGUUAUAUUAUGGCAUGAUGAUCACUUGCUCCUUCACAUCGAGAGGAGCCAGCUGAGGUGGCUCGGGCAUCUAGUCCGGAUGCCUCCCGGACGCCUCCCUGGUGAGGUGUUUCGGGCAUGCCCAGCCGGG